ACGUCGGUCUGAUGCAAAUUCAUUGAAUGAUAAAUUGCCCACUGAUAAGUCCUCCGGAAAUCUUCUUUGCCUGCCCUCUAAUCAUGUGAGAGAGAGAAUCAUCAAGAGGGGCGCCACUUUGUUUGAAUACCUAUAUUACAAACUAGAGGAUUUGAGGUUAGAAAGCUCCUCCACGAAUUUUCGACAGUGGACCGGAACUAUUGGUGGAUAAUGCCAGGAAUUUUCCUGGUUUUGCAAUCGUGAAAUGUUCUGCAAUAUUUCCAAGAGCUUCUCCACGACGAGAAUCCGUCAAAUCGCCAGAAUAGUCGCGUCACAGAGGAAGAGAACAUCUCGUACUUUCGAUGGAUUUUUCGACAAGAGUGGAUCUGGGGUAUCAGCUAUGGGAUUAUCCCGGUGGAGAUGCUACAGCACUGAUACCCAGGAAAAUCCGACACCCGAGAGCGUCCUGCCACCGUUGACUGACGACGAUCUUCACAUUGUGCCUGGAUUUUUUACAACUAUUUCAAGUAUUCUUCAUCUUCAGGGGCACCUCAGGAGAAUUGAUCCUGGAUUUGACGUACCAGAGUUUAUUUCUGCAUCCAAACACGCAGUUGACGUCGUAUCUCAUUUUCUGAGUAGAGAAAAUUACGAGGCCCUGGAGGGUCUCGUAACUCCCGAAGUCAUUCAAAAAUUGAGACAAAAGAUUUGUACACUAACAUCAUCACAAAAAGAACUCAUUGCCAUAAAUAAAGAUGAUAUUUAUGGAUACUUCCCCUACACCAUUAGAAUGCUGUACGAGGGAGAAGGAGAAAAUAAAAAGUCUUUCGCUGAAAUAUUCGUGGUGUUUUAUUCACUGAGGGGUUUAAAGCAAUUGAGAGAAAAGAAUAUUAAUCCCCCAUUGAAAAUGGGCCUCAUGCCAGAAUAUCGGGACAAAAUAUUCGUCGCGAAUUAUAAAUUCGUCAAAGAUUAUACUAAUGGCAUUGACGCGCCCUGGAUCAUUAAUUUGUGUAAUCAAGUCAUGCUUUUAGCAUAUAAAUAAUCAUCUGUGUUGAAUACUUAAGCCGACGAUGAUAAUUAAUGUUUAAAAACGCUGCAAGACUCUUCUUUAUGAAGAACUGUAAAAUACAUUUUUGUUUGAAAAAUUUA